CAGCUGCGCACAGGACUGGUCCGGCUUCGCAUUCCCGACGUCGCUCCCUCAGUCGCUCGCAGCUUUCCGUCCAUCCGCCUCGCUGCAAUGGUACACAAGUGGCUUCGAGAAAAAACCGAACACUUGAGAUCUUUUUCAUAAUAUAUAUAUAUAUUUUAUUUGUAACACGGGCGUUGAGCAUGUCGAGGAAGUACAGUUGAUGGAGCCGGCUUCUUCAAUGGAUAUUUCUCCCGAGGUUUCCAGCGCUCACCGUGAAAUCAGAGGCGGAGGAAGAACGUCUUCAGAGGAGGACGGGAGCCAAUCAGCCGUGGCGAACCAAAGAUAAACAAGCCUUAUGAUAAAGCAAAACUCUCAGGAAAACCCAGGCUGCUUGCAGGCCCAGUGAACUAUCAUGCUAGCCUGUAUCCAGAGACAGCAGAACUUCUCAUCGCACCAUUUGGCGUGCACACCCAAAAGCUUUGAUGUUUCGCCCUCGUCCUUAUUGCUCCCAGUGGCACCACUGCAGACAUGCACCCGGAAAGCAGAGACCGGGUCCAUGAUUUCUCGGUACCCAUCUCCUGCAGAGUUGGACGCUUUUGCCCAGAAAACCGCCAACAACCCGCUCUCCAUCAAAAUCUUUCCAUCUGAUGUACGGGUGCCACAACACAAGCAGCUCAACAAAACUGUGAAUGGCUUGGACACCACCGGUCAGCGCUACAGCCCCUACCACCACCCACACUCAGGAGGCUACCAGGGCUUGCUGGCAAUCGUCAAAGCCUCCGUGGUCAAGGGUGUUCUGAAAAGCUCUGAGGGCAAGAGGACUAAACACAUGAACUCUCAGACUUCUGUGGCACCGUAUAAUAACCCUCUGAAUGAUAGCUGCACAGUCAGACACAGACAUGAAGCCUAUAACACAGGUUCAUAUAAGCCCCCUGAUGUUCCCAUUGAAGCACUUUGUUCUGCUGCAGGAAUGGCCUCCAGAGAUCAGAGCCUGGCCUCCCAGUCGGAGCUGGCAGAGGUUCAAAGCCUGAUGAGGCGGAUGAGCAGAGUUCCCCACAGCCAGGCCCAGCAGCUGGGGGGAGAGGCUCGGGCCAGCCCCUCGCUGCAGGCCGUGGCAGCAGUGGCACAUCCAGAAUCAGACUUUGUCUUUGGAGUACCGCCCCAGAGUAGUCGAGCCUUCGCAGGAGCAGUGCUACCUACACAGAGUUCAGACACAGCCAAAACUGGAUACCUAGAGAGGGGCGACUACGCCAUGUGGCAGCACAAACCUCCAAUGCAGCUCUAUCAGCAGGAGGUGGUGAGGAUGUACGGUGUGAGUAACGACACUCAGAGCUGUAGAACAGUGGAGGCCGGGGUGGGGUCUCCUGAAACCUGCCACCCUCUGCCCUGCUCCUCCCAGCUGCCUUACGGGCAGCGCCUAGGAAACAUGGGAGCCGCCGUGCAGAAAGAGCGGACAGCGGGACAGUACUUCGCUCCUCUCUGGGACAACCCGGGCAGCGACGGGUAUUCCUCUCAGGUGUUGGGAACAAAUACGUGUGCAUCCAGGCCUAGACAUGUAGGGAUCGCCCAUCCUCAUCUCCAAGCAAGCUGCCAUCAACAAAACCAACCCCAGCUUCAUCCGCAUCAUCCUAAUCAGCACCACCUUCUUCAUCACCAUCAAACCCAGGCCUACAGCACGGAGCAGAACCUCUCCUGCGGGCUGCCCAGCUUCAGCCUGUGCCACGCCGCAGUACUCAGCAGCAGUCUGCAGUCUCUGGAGUGCCUCAUCAGUGAGAUUCAGCCUCCCUGCAUCAAAGAGUGCAUGCUGGGCCGCGGGUACGAAGCCAUGGGGGGGAUGCUUCCGCUGCUGGAACACCAGCAGCACAUGCAACUCCCCGUCUACAGAUGAGGCAGCGCUCUGUGACACGCGAGUUCGAACAUUCGUGAAAUACACAUGCCUUUUUAGUUUGUGCAUGUAUUUGUAGAAGGCUGUGCAUUUAACACUUGGAAAACGGGAGUAAAUAAUAAUCAGGAGUCACGAUGCAGGUUUACACUACAGAUUCUUUUAUUUUUGACUGCUGUUGUUGAUUUAACACUGAAGCUGAGCACUUGAUCGCACUUGGAGUUCAUCAGUUAAUCGUAUAUUUUGUAUUUGCUGUUAUUGACCUUUUACAAAACGGAAAUGGAUCAAAAAUAAUCAGGGGUAUCAAUCAAAAAGGAUGUAAUUGUAGGAUCUCUUAAAGAGUUUAGUAACGCAGUUGUGUAUUUUUACCUCUCUUGUUACAGAGUUGGACCAUUGGUAAACUUUUUGUCUGUCCUGACUUUAAGCCAAGUCUAGUCAUAACAAAGUAUUAUCUAUCAAUAUGAAGCAACUCCUAAAGCUUAUAUGAGAAGAUAUUGCUCAUAAACACAGAGUUUUGUUAUUUAACGUUUAAAAUAAUUUGUUUCACUUCUCAGCUCAGUUGAUCUUGACUGUCAAAUGAACACUGUUGCAUUCAGGCCAAGUGAGAUGUACCGUUUGGGGAUUUUUUUUUUUGAGCAUUCUUAAAGGUAAAUCUGUUGAGUGAACUUUUUUUCCCCCUCUAACUCUUGAAGAUUGUGUGACUGUUUCUCAUAACGAAUAGCUGUUUUUGAGGAUAAGCUGCCUGACUCAUUUACUGUCUUGUUCUUUGCAGGGCUAUAUUAUCUCUAAUGGUUUGAAAUGUAUGAGUGAGCAGCACUUCAUAUGUCUGCAAUGGUUCUGUGAGACUAUUUAUUUCUGUCAACUUGGUGGGUUACGUGGCAAACUGUCUUUAUAAUUAUAAAGUGCAAUUAUUAUAUAUGGACACAUGAGUUAUCUCCAUAAAUUAUGUUGAUGAAAUAACUUUUUGAAAUGUAUGACCCUAAUCAAACACUUUUUUGUCUCUUCUUAAUAAGGAUUGUCAAGUAAAUAAAUUUUUUAA